AAGAAGAAAGUACUUCCGAUGAGCCCGAGCUCUAAGGGGUGUGUUUAGCAAAAAGAGAUCGCCAUGAGCCGCCUGCGGGAAGAGGAUGAUCCUUAUGUAGUCGAAGAACCCAGCGACGAGGAGCCGGCGCAGAGCAGCUCUGAAGAUGAAGUGGAUGUACUUUUACAUGGCACCCCUGAGCAGAAGCGCAAAUUAAUAAGGGAGUGUUUGACUGGAGAAAGUGAAUCCUCUAGUGAAGAUGAGUUCCAGAAAGAAAUGGAAGCUGAGCUGGACUGCACCAUGAAAAACAUAGAAGGCAAAUGGAAAUCACAACUUACAGAUGCAACUUCUAGUGCUGGGCAAGCUGGAACUGUCACCACUUCAAAGUACUACGAUGAUAUUUAUUUUGAUUCUGAUUCAGAGGAUGAAGACAAAGUAGUUUCUCAGGAAGCCAAGAAAAAACAUAAACAUAAACAGCGUCGAAUUCCGACCAAUGAUGAGUUGCUGUAUGACCCAGAAGAAGAUAAAAGAGACCAAGAGUGGGUGGACAGGCAAAGAAGAAGGUAUCAUAACAUAAGAAGUACUCAGCCUGAAGGAAAGCAAAUCAGACCUCCAGCGAUUCCAAGCAGUGAUGCUGUUUUGAAUUGUCCUGCCUGCAUGACUACAUUAUGCCUUGACUGUCAAAGGCAUGAAACAUACAGAACUCAGUACAGAGCAAUGUUUGUGAUGAACUGCACCGUUGUCAAAGAGGAGACUUUGAAAUACAAAGGCCCAUUGAACAAGAGGACAAAGAAAGCGCACAAGAAAAUUAAACAGAAUAAUGAAUCUGUCGUUGAUCUGGAAAAACCGGAAGAGGAGGAGAUAUAUCAUCCAGUAAAGUGUACUGAAUGUUCAACAGAAGUGGCUGUCUUGGAUAAGGAUGAGGUUUUCCACUUUUUCAAUAUUUUAGCAAGCCACUGCUAAAGUGUGUAAGUCGCGUUGCUUAAGACUGUAUUAAAUUUCAGAAGCACAGCUUUAAUUUUUUCCUUUGUUCCCACUUGAUCCAGUAUGGAAAUUAUGUCUUUGUUACACUGUCCAUAGACAUAAUACGAGUGAUCUAAUUUAUGUACAUAAUUAAUAGAAUACUUGCUUAUGUAUAUGUAUAUUUUUGUUCAGUUCUGUUCACCAGAAUAUAAACAUCAGGCCAGCCUGGACAGUCAGUAGUGUUUAACUAAUAAAAUGUGGUGGCAAACAGCUACAUUGAAAGAAGUAGUAUCUGCUUUUUGAAAUUGGCAUCAUUAAACUCAGUUUAAAGCUU